AUGACGUCAGGUGAGCGUCCCAACAUCAUCGUGCAGUCUCACAAUAAUUUGUACACCGGGCACGUGCCGGAGUUUGCUGAAAAUACUUCGCACAAUUCCGCCAAGCGGAUGUGGACUGGCCGAGGCCAGGCCCAGUUGGCGAUCCUGAAAUCUUUUGAGCAGCAGGGCAUGGUUCUGGAGAAGCGCCAUGCGCCCAGAUCCACCAGUGGCAGUGAGGCUGGGGUGCCACAGGUAGUUUCUUACUGGACUUCACUUAUCCACCUAGUCAGUCUUUGCAAUAUCCCUGAUGAUAUUGUAGGAGCCAGAGCUCCAGGUGACAUCAUCAUCGGAGGACUCUUUGCAGUCCAUGAUAAUGUAGCAAAUUUGGAAAACCGGACUCAACCAGGACGAUUACGUUGUUCAGGGUUCGACCUUUCCGUGUUUCUCCAAGCCCAGGCUAUGAUAUACAGCAUCAAACAGAUAAACAAUUCCACUUUUUUACCGGGUGUAAAACUAGGAUAUGAAAUUUAUGACAGCUGCUCUGAGGUCAUCACUGCAAUACAAGCGACCACAAGGUUUCUUUCCAAAUUUAACUCCUCAGACAGCAGAAUUGAAGUUCACUGUAAUUAUACUGACUACAUACCAAAUGUCAAAGCAGUUGUCGGGGAUGUUUACUCAGAAAUAUCGAUGGUAGUUGCACGAUUGUUGAAUCUGUACCUUAUUCCACAGGUCAGUUAUGCAUCAUCAGCAGAAACGCUCAGUGACAAGACAAAGUUUGCAUCAUUUCUACGGACUAUUCCAAAUGACGGCCAUCAAACUUAUGCUAUGGCUAAACUUGUUGAGCACUUCAACUGGAAUUGGGUUGGAGCCAUUGCUAGUGAAGAUGCAUAUGGACGGGCCGGACUAAACAGUUUUUUCUCACAUGCAGCAAGACUCAAUAUAUGUGUUGAUUUUCAUGAAUUUAUUCCAAUUCAUGACAAUGAACAAAUCAGUGCUAAAAUCAAUGCAACAGCUGAAAAGAUUAUGAAAUCAACUGCAAAUGUUAUGAUCACAUUUGUAAGAGCUUUAGAUGUCAUCAAACUAUUCACUAUACUGGUUCAACAGAAUGUAACUAAAACUUGGAUUGCCAGUGAUUCCUGGUCCAAUUCUAGGCAGGUUGCCAGCAUGAACCAUAUUGAAAAAGUUGGACCUGUUUUCGGCUUUACAUUCAAAAGUGGAACCAUCCCAAACUUUAAAGACUACUUAAAAAAGUUGGAGGUGAAUCCCCAAGAUGUUAAGGAGCUUUUUAAAGACGAUAUAAGCUUUGUAAACAAAGGCAACACAAAUAAACCAACUUGGAAUUAUUCAAACUCACAGCAAAACAAACCUCUGACGUAUAAUCAAAUAAUUGAAACUAUUAAUGAAUCCGCUAUCUAUGGAGUAUACUUAGCCAUCAAUGCUGUAGCUUAUGCCCUUCACAAGAUGCUCAAUUGCACUAAAGGAAACUGCAACCUAAGUUUUAAUUUCCCACCAUGGCAGUUGUUAAAUGAAUUGAAGACCAUUAGCUUUACAACAGAAGAUGGGCAAUUUGAAUUUGACAGUUCAGGAGAUUCCUCAAUUGGGUAUGACAUAAUCACAUGGACAAUGGUGAAAGAUUCAAUACAGUAUGUCAAAGUUGGUAACUACAAUGUGGUGAAACGCAUGAUAAGAAUCAACAAUAACUUCGGGAAAACAGUAAAGGUUGCAUUGUCUAAUUGCUCACGGACCUGUAGACCUGGAGAAAGGAAGACUUUAUCCAAUAAAAACCCUUGUUGUUUUAAUUGUAAGGUCUGCCUGGCAGGAUUUUACUCCGGAAAAAAUAAUUCUAAUAACUGUGAGAAGUGCUCAGAAGACCAAUGGUCUGAGGAAGGGAGCUCAACAUGCCAGAAUAGAACUAUAGAGUUUCUUCAAUGGAGAAGUGCUAUUUCUGUUGUGUUAAUUAUACUUGCUAUUUUAGGAGUACUCAACAUAUUUAUAAUACUCAUAUUGUUCACAAAAUAUCUGGAUACCCCAGCCGUGAAAGCUGCUGGAGGUUGGAUGUCUUACAUAAUGCUGUUCUCACUUGUACUAGGUUUUGUCAGUGCUGUUUUGUUUAUUGGAGAGCCAUUUGAAUGCAUUUGUAAAAUACGGCAACCACUUUUUGGUAUAAGCUUUACACUUUGUGUUUCCUGUAUUUUGGUAAAAUCUUUUCGGAUUAUCCUCGCUUUCAGUUUUAAUCAAACUAUGCACAGGAGGCUGAAGAAUAUCUAUAAACCAGUGCCCAUUAUAAUUAUUACCACAGUGAUUCAAUUGGUUAUUUGCUCAACAUGGUUAUCUUUGAAUACUCCAAAACCUGUGCAAUAUAGAAAGAACCCCAAAAUCAUUUUGUUGUUAUGCAACGAAGGUUCCUAUGUAGCAUUUGCUGUAAUGUUAGGAUACAUUGCUUUUCUUGCAUGUGUCUGCUUUGUUCUUGCUUUUAAAGGAAGAAAGGCUCCAGAAAUGUUUAAUGAGGCAAAAUUUAUCACAUUCAGCAUGCUUGUUUAUUUAAUUGUCUGGAUUUCUUUUGCUGUUGUGUAUAUUAACAUCGAAGUUAGCAGCAAAUAUUUCCCAGUAAUUGAAUCAAUUGCAAUUUUAGCAUCAAUCUAUAGCAUUUUAUGUUGCCAUUUCUUUCCUGCCUGCUAUAUAGUUUGCUUUAAGAAAGAAAGUAACGUUGAGUCAAAUUAUUUGACACAUGCAAGAGAGCAUUUCAAAGAGAAAGGACACUUUGUGUGUCCAACUACCAAUAAUUUGAUUGGACAUUUGGAAUCACUGCCUGGCCAGUUAGUAGCAGAGGGAUUUUGCAUGGCUAAAAGCCAUUACGAGAGGCAUGAUGGAAUGAUCCCUGACACCAAGGUCAGCACGAAGAGGUCAGCACGAAGAGAUCAGCACAAAGGGGUCAGCACGAAGGGGUCAGCACAAAGAGAUCAGCACGAGGAGGUCAGCACGAAGAGGUCAGCACGAAGAGGUCAGCUUGAAGGGGUCAGCACAAAGAGGUCAGCACGAAGACAUCAGCACGAAGAGGUCAGCACAAAGAGGUCAGCAGAAAGAGGUCAACACAAAAAGAUCAGCACAAAGGGGUCAGCGCGAAGAGGUCAGCAUGAAGAGGUCAGCACGAGGAGGUCAGCACUAAGGGGUCAGCACAAAGAGGUCAGCACAAAGAGAUCAGCACGAGGAGGUCAGCACGAAGAGAUCAGCACGAAGAGAUCAGCACGAAGAAGUCAGCACGAAGAGGUCAGCACGAAGAGAUCAGCACGAGGAGGUCAGCACGAAGAGAUCAGCACGAAGAGAUCAGCACGAAGAGAUCAGCACGAAGAAGUCAGCACGAAGAGGUCAGCACGAAGAGAUCAGCACGAGGAGGUCAGCACGAAGAGGUCAGCACGAAGAGAUCAGCAUGAGGAGGUCAGCAUGAAGAGGUCAGCACGAAGAGAUCAGCACGAGGAGGCAACCAUACCGACACGUUUCACAAAAACAUUUAAAAGGCGUGCAUCUGGCGAGCUGAACUUCAAGCAGUGGCACCCACCUCUGCUUGUGAAGCUGGAACUGCUGGGGUCACAGGAAGAGGAGAUCCGGAUGGACCGGACACUCCCAGAGUCACCUGGCUAG